AUGGAUUCUCCUCACCGGGCGUCUCAAGGCAUAAAUACAGCUACUUUUCCUCUUCUGUUGCUCACACCUCCAAUUCUAAGCCCAAAUGGUCUCCAAUCAGCACUGGUUGCUUGCAGAUGCAAAUCAACAAGUACAGACGAACAACCGGAAACAAGAAGGAAUUUGCUGGACAAUGCAAGCAACCUGCUAACUAAUUUGUUGAGUGGUGGAAGUCUGGGAUCAAUGCCUGUCGCUGAAGGUGCAGUUUCUGACCUUUUUGGCCGCCCUCUCUUCUUCUCACUAUAUGAUUGGUUCUUAGAGCAUGGGCCAGUUUAUAAACUUGCUUUUGGGCCAAAAGCAUUUGUUGUUGUGUCGGACCCUAUAGUCGCCAAGCAUAUUCUUCGUGAAAAUGCAUUUUCUUAUGACAAGGGAGUUCUUGCCGACAUCUUAGAACCAAUAAUGGGAAAAGGACUUAUACCUGCUGACCUGAACACUUGGAAGCAGAGGAGAAGAGUUAUUGCUCCUGGGUUCCAUGCCUUAUACUUGGAAGCCAUGGUCAAAGUCUUCGUUGAUUGUUCUGAAAGAACAAUACUGAAAUUUGAGAAGCUUCUAGAAGGGAAAGGCUUGGGAGGAGAGAAACCAGUUGAGUUGGAUCUCGAAGCAGAGUUUUCAAGUUUGGCGCUUGAUAUUAUUGGGCUUGGUGUUUUCAACUAUGACUUUGGUUCUGUCACCAAAGAAUCCCCUAUAAUUAAAGCUGUAUAUGGUACUCUUUUUGAAGCUGAGCAUCGAUCUACUUUCUACAUUCCCUAUUGGAAAGUUCCUUUGGCAAGAUGGCUGGUCCCCAGGCAGCUAAAGUUCCAGAAUGACCUUAAAACUAUCAAUGAUUGUCUUGAUGGUCUCAUUGAAAAUGCAAAGGAGACCAGGCUGGAAACAGAUGUUGAGAAGCUGCAGCAAAGGGACUAUUUAAAUCUUAAGGAUGCGAGUCUUCUGCGCUUUUUAGUUGAUAUGAGGGGAGCCGAUGUUGAUGAUCGUCAGCUAAGAGAUGACCUGAUGACAAUGCUUAUUGCCGGCCACGAAACAACGGCUGCUGUCCUUACUUGGGCAGUUUUCCUGCUAGCACAACAUCCCUUGAAGAUGGAGAAAGCCCAAGCAGAGAUUGAUGCAGUGCUUGGUCAUGAGAGAACGACCUUCGAUUCCCUAAAAAAACUAGAGUACUUAAGGCUUAUUGUUGUGGAGACUUUACGCUUGUAUCCUCAGCCACCAUUGCUUAUUAGACGUUCCCUCAGAUCAGAUCUACUACCAGGAGGUUAUAAAGGUAACAAAGAUGGAUACGCAAUCCCCGCUGGGACUGACAUCUUUCUUUCUGUAUAUAAUCUCCAUAGAUCUCCAUAUUUUUGGGACAAACCCGAUGAAUUUGAACCCGAGAGGUUUCUAGCUCAAAGAAAGAGCGAAAGCAUUGAAGGCUGGGCUGGUUUUGAUCCAUUACGAAGCCCUGGAGCCUUGUAUCCAAAUGAGAUUGUAUCGGAUUUUGCCUUCUUGCCUUUCGGCGGAGGACCACGAAAAUGUGUCGGAGACCAAUUUGCGCUCAUGGAGUCGACUGUGGCAUUAGCAAUGCUGUUACAGAAGUUUGAUGUCGAGCUGAAAGGAUCUCCUGAAUCUGUGGAACUUGUAACUGGGGCAACCAUGCACACAAAGAGUGGACUGUGGUGCAAAUUGAAGAGGAGAACUAGUGUUCAUUGA